UAGUGUCAAUUGAAUCAAUUCUAUAUAUAUAUACUCUAGACUUGUAAUUAAACCAAUUUUUAGGCCGAUCCAGGGCCUAUGUACCCGUCGUAUUUGUCUGUCUUGUUUGUGAUAACCCUCCUAAAGCUGCAAUAAAUUGGUUAUCCUGUGUUCUGUGUAUCUGCACCGUCUCAAUUUCCCUAUUUGCAUACCUAAUCACUUACGUUACGUAAGUUACGUAUUCUACGCUACUCGCUUGCUUUCCAUUUUCUCAAAAAUGAAAAAUAUAAUCCGGUGACGUUUUUUAAUAACGAAACAAAAAAGACACACUAAUCUUGGAUAAGUCACACCACCGUGAGAGAAAAGAGAGGAAAAAAUAAUAUGCAGAUGGGCACAAAAACAAGUUGGUCGCCUCGCCACCACCCAAUUUCAACCUUGCUUAAUAAGUAACGGAAAGGAAAAGGCAGCCCGAAAUCGGGGCUACGUUGUUACUUUCAUCCUCUAGAUUAAGCUUCAGAGAAGAUUUAUUCUGUUCAUAUGAACUUGGAGGCUGCUUUCUUUUAUCAUUUAACUCAUCGGGCUCGGCGGUGGCCCAUUAUUAGCUGAAGGAUUGGGGUCGGGAUGAGAGAAAACUAAUUUAAUUUGCAUUUUUGCAUCAAGUAAGCGACAACCGACAUCUCCACCUCCACGUCACACUCUUUUCCGCCUGCUUAAACUUGCCUCAACUGUCACUUAGCAUGAGCAAUAUUUCUUAUCCGUCCUUCUAAUCUGGAAUGAAACAGUGAAAAAUUGCUCCUGGAGAGCUGAUGAGCAAAACGGGGGAUUUAAACAUGUUUAAUUCUUCCUCACUUUAUUACCUAAAUUGUAACCUGGGCUGUUCUGUUGGGGGAACGGAAAGAAAUUUUAGAAAUGAAACGACACAUAAAUUACCCAUGAAUAGGGUUCUGAUGUGACUGCACAGUGGUGAAUAUUCAUGCAGAGAUACGGGAUUACUCAGAUUUUUAUGAAACUAUGACGAAUUUAUUGCUUCUCUUUGCUCGAAAAGUUGGAUUAAAAUGCAGAAGAUGCGAAUAGCAAGAUGCUAACUGGAAAGCAGGGUUAAGUGUGAUGCUGUUGUGACACGUAUAACUUUCUCCAUAUAUUGUUUGUAAAUUAUAUACUUGUUUGUACGGGUAGUUGUCACUUCAAGUAGUCACAUUAUUUGAUUGUUUGUACCUGAAUAACGCUACCACACGAUGGAGAACAACAAAAAGGACAAGGGGCUGAAUAAGACGCCGAAAAUUCUUCAAAAGUCUUUAGAAGAGUAUUAUUAUGCACGGAUGAAUGAGAAAGUCGUCCCCUAUGAACACGUUUAUGAUGGAAUUUCCUAUGCGUCUUCCACCGAGGUGGAGGAUGCUCGAAGACAAAUUGCAUGCCUUGACAAUCAGCUCGUAAAAGCUAGAACGGAAUGGAUGGAGGAUAAGAAAGUAUUGGAUGCACGAUGGAAAGCUUGCACCGAACGGUACAACAAUUGUUACGAAAAUAUUCCAAAUUUCAACGGAUACUAUCGCGAUUCAUUCGACAAGAGAGAACGGGCUUUUCACACGUUUCUUCAAGAACAGGAGGCCAGCAUUGUCAAAGAUCGGACAAUCCGUCGGUUAAGAAAAGAGUUAAAAUGUCUGACCGAAGUUCGGGACGCAUCAGAGAAACGACUCCACAAAUUCACCACUUUUAAAAAUUACUUACACAAAGUAAAAGAAACUAGUCAUGGAGAAUAUGCCGAUAUUCGAGAAAUUAUGGACCGGUACUCCACUCUUGCCGAGGCGAGGGAGUCACUUAGCGAGAAAAAUGAUGCGACACGAGAAUACAUUACGAGGAAGCAGAAGACGCAGGAGAGUGAUAUCGUCAUGAAAUCCAAUGAAAUCUUGGCGUACAGAAAUUUUCUUAGUGAGCUACUCGAAUAUAAGGAUGGCAUUGCCGAUGAAGCGCAACGCUUGGAUGAUAGCUUGCUUCGCAUCAAGUCCACAGCUGCGCAGCGAACUAAAAUUAUCGGGCAGAUUAAAAUGUCAAUUGAUAACUUGUAUCGGCAAGUUUGCAAAUACAUGCAUCGACCUCUCAAGCUUAAUGCCACCGACACCAUUGGUCAACUCACUGACAUCGGGAUAUCAGUACGUGAAAUGUGCAAAUUAAGCAAAGAUAUCAAGCAUAUGCUGAAAGCAGCCUUUGUCACUGCGGAAUCGGAACGAAUCACAAAUGAAAAAGCCCGCAAGAAGGAAGAAGAGCGACAAAAGCGUCUCGACAAAUUUGCAAAUCGUGGAGGCACCAAUUUUCGCGAGCUCUUUGAGCUUCCUCCCCUUCCGGAAAGUCAUCGAGGAAUUUCACGCUUUAUUAUGACAGAGGACGAUGACUAAUUUUUUGAAUAUGAAUGAAUGAAUAGUGAACGGUUUUGUAUUUUUGUCUCGCUCACAUCCAGUGAUAUUUUCAUGGUAUGACUUGUAAUGGAAUAAUAAAUAGAAUUAUGUAUGUCGUCGUAUGAAUAAUAUGACUUCCAAAUUAUUGUGGAA